GUCUAAUCGCGGGCAGUUCUCCUAGAGCGCUCAACCAUCAUGCCUCCGUGUUGUGCAUCACAUGUGCGUGCGUUCAGACACGCAACAUUCCUCUGUGUUGGCCUCAUCGGACUGCCUUUAGGACCCGGGUUGUCUCCUUUGUAGUUGUUCGGAGGCGAUGAGGGGAGACCGAGAUGCGCUUCUUCUCCUAUCACGAUUCACAUCGCGGCUGAGCGAGCCGAGCCGAACCGAACCGAGCUGAACGGGGCAGCUUAAAGGCUCCAGCACCUGCUCGUCCUCCCUUUUUUUUCCCUCUUAAUUGCGCUCCAUUAAAAGGCUGUUUUUAAAAAAAAAAUUACUUUAUGUAAUAUUAAUUAUUAAUCGAAGGCCUAUAUUUUCCCGGUUAAUUUCGGUAGAGUAUGAGACGCAGAGCACCAUCCGAGGAGCAUUCCUCUUGUUGCCUUGGACCAUGAAUUAUCAAUGCUGCCAGCUGCGUUCCUGUGACACGAACCGAGGACAACAGCGGUGAAUUCCGGUUAACUUUUCUGCGCAUCAUUUGACGUUUCCAGCGGCAGCAGGUACUUCUUCCACUUGAGCGGCUGUCGGCCGAAAAGCAGCGAUGUGGAGCAAGGAGGGCACGUCUUCACUAGUCUUCUGCCUGCUGGUGCUCACGGCUCUCGGGGAAAUCAGAUCGGUGAAUGCCGUGUCGGAGAACAUCACCCUGUUCACGCUCAUCCUGGACAGACUGCUGGAUGGAUACGACAACCGUCUCCGGCCGGGUCUCGGAGACAGGGUAACCGAGGUGAAGACCAACAUCUUCGUCACCAGCUUUGGGCCGGUCUCAGACACCGACAUGGAGUACACUAUAGACGUUUUCUUCCGGCAAAGCUGGAGGGAUGAGAGGUUGACGUUUCACGGGCCGAUGAACAUUUUGCCCUUGAACAACCUGAUGGCGAGUAAGAUCUGGACUCCUGACACCUUCUUUCACAACGGGAAAAAGUCUGUGGCGCACAACAUGACCAUGCCCAAUAAACUGUUACGGAUCAAAGACGACGGGACUCUGCUCUACACCAUGAGGUUAACAGUGCAUGCCGAGUGCCCAAUGCAUCUGGAGGAUUUCCCCAUGGACUUUCACUCCUGUCCUCUAAAAUUUGGCAGCUACGCCUAUACAACCUCAGAGGUGACUUACGCUUGGACCUUAAAUGCUUCCGACUCGGUGGUGGUGGAAGAGGAGAGCUCCCGCCUGAACCAGUACGACCUGCUUGGUCAAACUGUUGGACAGGAACGCAUCAAAUCGAGCACAGGUGAAUACACUGUGAUGACAGCUCAUUUCCACCUAAAGAGGAAGAUUGGUUACUUUGUCAUUCAAACGUACCUCCCAUGCAUCAUGACAGUCAUCCUUUCCCAGGUGUCAUUUUGGCUAAACAGAGAAUCGGUCCCUGCUAGGACUGUGUUUGGCGUGACCACGGUCCUCACCAUGACCACUCUGAGCAUCAGCGCGAGGAACUCCCUGCCCAAGGUCGCCUACGCCACCGCCAUGGACUGGUUCAUCGCCGUCUGCUACGCCUUCGUGUUCUCCGCUCUGAUCGAGUUCGCCACUGUCAAUUACUUCACAAAGCGCGGCUGGGCCUGGGAUGGGAAGAGUGUUGUGAGUGAGAAGCAGAAGAAAGAGAGGGCUUCUGUGAUGAAGAAGAACAACGCCUACGCCGUAGCGGUGGCCAACUACGCGCCGAACGUCGGCAAGGACUCCGGCACGCUCCCGACCAUCGCCAAAGGCGGCGCCGUGGAUCCCGGCAAGGCCAGAGCGGACGGCAAGGCCCCGGAAGCCAAGAAGACGUUCAACAGCGUCAGCAGGAUUGACAGGCUGUCGCGGAUUAUGUUCCCGGUUCUCUUCGGCGGCUUCAACCUCGUCUACUGGGCCACCUACCUAAACAGAGAACCGGUUAUAAAGGAUAUGGUCCCGUCCAACUAGAACUCAGCUUCGGACGGGUUCCGGCCUGUGGAAGAGACGAACCAAAUACCUCCAGCCACUGCGGUACACAUACUUUUUGCAGUCCCGGAUUGCAGUGUAAUCCUCUUUCUCCGCCCGUUUUCUACACCGUCUGCAGCACUUUUGAAAAAUCCCGGCUUUUGUAAAUGUGUACGUAUAUUUAUAUAUUUAAGGCAUCAUUGUGAUACAUUGUGUGGUUACUUUUAAUCAAGUAUUUAUUAUUUCCUUUAAAGUUAUGUAUACGGAAACCUUCACGUGGCCACUGUACAUACAAACCAAAUGGAUAAAGACCCUGGACAUUCACACAUGCAGAAAUUUACUAAUAUAUUUAGUGUGUUCACCUAUAAAAGGUAAAAUCACAGCAUUGUUUUUUAGUUUGUUCGUUUUUUGAGUGGAAGGAACUGAAAAUAACGUUUUUGGUUUCAACCAUGAUUAUUUGAGCAACAUAAUUUUUUUUUUAAGUAGAUAACUCACAUCAGUCUAAUAGUGUUCCUGUUUUAAACUUAUAUUAUAGUCUGGGACAGAAGACAAUUGAAGCAAUCUAAACUAAAAAAAAAAAGAAAUCACUCGUGUGUCAGAAACAACGUCUGUGUUUCUCCAGCGUUUACGUGCCAGGUUUGAUUUCAGCGCAGUACUUCUGUAGAAAAACCAAGAGAAAUCAGGGGGACUCUGGUAUGAAAUUCUAAAUAUGAAGUGAAAGUAUGAGCACCACUGUCUUGGCUGACUGUUUAGCAUUAGCAUCAGCGUUAGCAUUUAGCUGUGGUCAUGCUUACGGGGAUGGCUUUAUGUCGGCGCGUGGUUUCAUUUCGUCCACAUGGAUUUUGUUUACAUCCCUCCCUUCUUCCAUGUCAACAAAUCAUUUCCAGCCUGUUGGUUUUCGGCAUAUUUCAUAAUUUUGUACUUUGACGUUUUUGAUUCUGCGCUGACUUUUCUGAAUAUGAACUGGUAUCAUGUGCCAUGAGGUGUGUUGUAUUGACCAUGCUGUAAGUCAUCCAUGGCUGGUGGACAUUUUGGAACUGCUUUGACAACCUACCAUUCGAAGUAAUCUUCAAUAAUCUAUAAAACGGUUGACAGUAGGGAGAGGUGGUUAAUGAUGCCUAUCAGCUGGAGGUCGGACUGGAAUCAGAACCAAAACAAAUGCGAAAAUAGUUUAAAACAAAGUUUUUAGAAAAUAAUAUGCAACUGCGUUAAGUCAUACAUGAUUUGAGUGCUUUCUGACAAUUUAUCUCCAUAAUUAUGUAAUCAUAUGCUAUUGUUUAACCCUCCUGUUACAUUGCCAUUACAACGGAUGCGAUUUAUUUUAUGUUUUGCACUUCAAAUAUUAUGGUUGAGCCAAAAUCUCUCACGUGUUCAGCUGUUGCUGUUUUUUCACCAGAGUUUGUAUCACACCCCAUCGCCUAUUAUUACAUUUAAUCCAGUUGGAUCCUGUUGACUCUGGUAAAAAAAAAAAAAACUAACAGUAAAAUAAUCCAUGACCUAACCAAAAUAACUUAAAGAAAUCUCCAUAGUGAUGGAUAUUUAUAUGGGUCUCCUAUGGCAACUACGAGUUGAUGUACGGUCGAUACAAUCCCACAUUAGACAACAGCAUUUCACUCCACUUUUAUAUUGCUGUUUUAAAUGGUUGUGUGCAUUCUUUUUCUGCAACCACUUUGGUUUAUUGUUUAUCUUUUUUUGUUGUUGUUUUUGUUUGGGGUCAUUUUACGUCUUGAUGAUUUUGUAUAUCAAUGUUUUUUGCUGGUUUUGCUGUUGACUUUUUUUUUUUUUUUUUUUAAGCUGUUUUAUACCAAUUUUCCAACAAUUCUGUCAUCCCUUGAGGAGAUUUUGUUCCAGUUUUAAACUAAUUGCCAGCACAACAAAAAAAAAAAAAAAAAUCCCAGUGGGAGAUUACUCGAAGUUGUAUAGCCAAAACAAAGAACAGAAUAAAAUCAAUGAAUUUAGGAUUAAAUUUGACAUGUUCAGAAAAAAUGUACAGAUAACUUCUAAGAUUGAAGUGUUUUUCAUUUUGUUUUUAUUAAUCUUCAUUUCUUGAAUAACUUAAAAACUGAGUGAAGCAAAUUGAUGGAACAUCAAUACAGAAAAAGAAAGUGUAUGAAUUUGUAAAAAAAAAAAAAAGGGACGGCCAGAACGUCUUUCAUACUCAAUUUAGACACAAUAUCAUCAAAACCAUAAAUUCACCUGCAUCAUUGUCUCUUUUUAGUGUAAAUCAUACAGAUUUUAUUAAAAUGGUGAGAUGAAAAAACUCCUUGGAAAAAAAAGGUUUAAAAGCUGAGAGCAUGUGUUCUGCUUCUGUUUACAGUCAGACGAGUCGCCCCCUGCUGGCCAGCUAGAACCUUACAGUGACUUUUACACACUGUACACACUUUUUAUGCAUGGUGAUAUGUUUUUUCUGUUCAGUUGUCAGUCACUAAAAAAAGUUUUUUUAAAAAAAGAGGAAAAAAGGCUAAAACAUUUUUGUGGAUUUGAGAUGGCUGACUGCUUUUGAAUUAAGCAAAGGAAAACAAUUUGCAUGAAAAAGACAAACAAAGGGAGGAGCUGGAGGUAGAAAAGUGUACUGGACGCAACUACAGACAGAAGGAACAGAAAUGUAGAAGAAAGUGUGUGUGUUGUUUUUACGUUAACCUCUGAAAUGUAACAAUUGUGUUCUCCAUAAGCGAUGUUGAGAUUUGUUGCGGUGGGAGAGGCGUUCCCUCGACGUCGUUGCUUCAAUCAGAACGUCUUCCUCUGAAGUGUUCACUGUUUCCACCAUGUUUCAACGUCGCCGAAGACAAAUCAGGAAAUCCUUACACAUCUGAGAGCGAUACCGCAAAUAUCCAAACGUAUAGACCCGAUUUUAACUCCACUAAAGAAAAAAAACGAAAAAAGUUCAGAUAUCUCUUGUUGUUUUGUUUUUCUUUCACAUCCAGCUAAUCGUUUGUGGCCUGAAGUGAAAGGACGCUGUCAGGCUGUAGAGGAAAACCGGAAGGUACACGCGGUUGUCAUGUGAUUUAUUGCCAUUAGCAUCAAAAUAGAACAGGAGCUACCAGUUGUUCUGCUUCACAAACAUCUGGCACGAGAAAAAAAAAAAAAAAUCUGAAUAUUAAGUUAAACCCAUGUCUGUGUCAUGAAGUCCAUUAAGUUUUUAAGGCUUAAUUUAUCCUCCCUUACAGAAAUGUAUGAUAUAAAACAUUUGUUGAUGAUUUUUGUCUGUCAUUGUGUAUAUACAGUAUAUAAAAAAUUAUAUUCAGUCUCAUAUAUAUUCUCAUAAAGUGCUAUGAUUUUACUUUACAGCUUAACAUAUUUAAUUUUGCCCUAUUCUUUUACUUAUUUGAACAGACCUUGCAUGCAGAUUAAUUUCACAUAUCAGGACGUGCAGCUUUUUCCAGGCAGAAACUUCAAACAUUCCAGGUAAAGAUGAUUGUUCAGAAGACGGAGGACUGAUUUAGUGCACAGUUGUUUUUUAAUAAAACACAUUCUUCCAGCUCU